GGGGCGGCGGGCACGAGACGUCGUCGCGUCGCAAGCUCGCCACACUCGUUUGGAUCGUAAACAAAACUCCGCGAUUCAUCCCGCGUAGCUCUCCCCGUCCACGUAUACAUAAUGCCAAAUUGAAUUUACGUACGUCUCGGGACGAUCGGAGGCGCGUCGUCGUAUACGAUAUUACGUACCCGAUGUAAACGCGUUGCCAUGCGAUUCGAGUCGCCGCCGCCGCCGCCGUUUCUUACUCCUGCCUAUAUGAUAUCGAUUCGCGAGCUUUAACACGACGAUGAUAACGUUUGUUGUUGUCGCGUAUCGUCGAUAAUCGUCUCUCCCAACCGAGGACGACGAAGACGAUGCCCACAGCCGCCAGAACUUGGCCGUCGGCUCAGCAUCGCGCCACUUAUACUCGUCCACUAUCGUCGCUCGUCUGAAAAGCAGAAACGACUCGCUGGAUGUGAGCUGCAGCAAUCGAAUCAUCCCAGAUCUCGGCGAUACACGAAACCAAGAGCUACGUCCCAGUGAUAUUGUAGGCGUUCGACGAGACGCUAAUAUACUAUAUACCCCAGCAUAAGAGAAGGCCAGGAAAAUCCGACGAAGGGUCGAACGGUAGCGACCGGUGCGGAGGCCUACGUCAACAAUAACAACGGCAAAAAUUAUGUCCCGUAACUGGUUGCGGUAUGCGUUGCGACCGCCGCAGCAGCAGCCAAAGUCCGAAGACGAAGCAGCAGCAGCAGCAGAAGCCGGACGAGGAAAGAGCGAGCGCAGCAGCAGCUACUACGGGAAAAACGAGUCGCUGGAAAUUGUCGCGUUACUGCGCUUUGCAAGAGCCACCGGGCCAGACGCCCCCCGAGCAGCGUCGCUCGCGUCGCCUUCACGGCCUCCAGCUACCGCUGCACCCGCUCCAGCUGGUCGGCUGGCUCGUGCUGGCCGGCAUCGCCGCGGGCACCUUCGGCUGCGUCCUGCCCCCGCUGAACUCGCAGCUGCGCCCGGUCUGCUUGGCUGCGGUCACGGCGAGUCUGCUGGUGCACGGCGUCGCGCACUUGACGGCUCUGCUGCUGGACCCCGCGGAGGCCGAGGUGCGCCGCCAGCCGCCCUCCCAGCUGGUGCCCGAGUUCGAUCGUACGCGGCACUCGCACGUGAUCGAGAACGGCCGCUGCCACCUGUGCAACAUCGACGCCACGAGUGAGCGCACCAAGCACUGCUCGGUCUGCAACAAGUGCGUGGCCAGAUUCGACCAUCACUGCAAGUGGCUCAACAAUUGCGUGGGCGCGCGCAACUAUCCGGCCUUCAUAGUCUGCCUCGUCUCGGCGAUAAUCGGCGCCCUCUGCGUGCUCGGCCUGUCGAUCGGCGAGCUCGCCCUGGUCCGCCUCGAGUCGUCGUCUCACUCAUCCUCGUCGCUCGUCAUGGACAACAACGCCAACUCGAACGCGAGCCUGCCCCUGAGUCUGCCUCUGCCCGGCACCGGCUCCCUCAUCGUCAUAUCGAUCGUCGGCGUGCUGGCCGCCGUAGCGGCGGUCCUCCUCAUACACCUCUGCUUCUUUCACGGCUACAUCGCCUGUCUCGGCCUCACGACCUACGAGUACGUGCGCAGCAAGCAUCAGCAGCAGCCCAAGCCCAAGUCGAGCAAGGGAGGAGCCACGGCCGAGAUCGAGCGAGUGACGGGUCGACGCGAGCGACUCUUCGACUGUUUCCAGCGAGACUCGAAUUUCUGCUCGAGGGACAGGCGUCCUCGGCGAGACGUGCGCUACCACUUUUGCGAGAACGUCGACGAGGACGACGAGGAGGAGCUCCGAGGCCAGACCGGCGACGUCCAGAACAUAUACAUCUGCUCGAGCACCACGAGCACCACCACGACCGCCCAAAUCAAUCAGCAGAGCAGCAACGGCGGCAACAGCAGCAUAGCCACCACCAUGAUACACAACAGUGGCGGGGCCGGCGACGCGGCUGCCGGUGGCGCGGACAAGCAGCAGCGCAGAAACUUUCAUCUCUACUUUUCCUACGACUCGCAGUCGAACGCGACGUCGAUCGAGGUGUCGCAGGCGACCGUCAACGGCGAUGGUCAGCAGCAGCAGCUGCAACAGCAAACGAUCAGGAGGACGCCGCUGGCCGAGCUCAAGCCGUCGACUCCGUCGCCCGUGUCCUGCUGCUUCUCCAUCAUCGGCUCCAACAGUCUCGAGAGGGCCAAGGAGAGAAAAUUGAAACAGCAGCAGCAGCGUCUGACCGACGCCGGCGGCAGCAGCAGCAGCAGCGCUAACGGCCUCGAGAACGAGAAAAAUUUGCAUCCCCGCUCGUGCACGACCAUGCGACGAAUUCAGUCGUUUUUCCGCCAGAGGCUGAGAAAGAGUCCCAGGCAGCAGAGAGCCAUCAUCAACGCGGCCGUUGCCGCGGAGAUCGCCGCCUCCGCACGGACGGGCAGCGCGCGCCGCAACAAGAUCAAUCCCGUGAGAGCCGUCGAGCCGAAAGUCAGCUCGUGCAACGGCGUCGACGACGCCAGCGAGAACGGCAGCGGCGACGAGCAGCACUCGCGCAAGCUCGUGGAGAGCAGCGGCGUCAGGUCGAUCUCGGUCGAGCCUCGCUCCUCCCUGCGCGAGAGCAACGGCUUCCCGAUUCUGCAAGAGCUGCAGGAGCUGCAGUACCCGGUGCCGACGAGACUGCCGCCUCUGGCGCUGCCCGCGAGGCAUCGCUCGGAGCAGCUGGUCUUCGCCGAGCCUGGCUUGACCGUUCAACAACACCAGGGGGUGUCGUCGGACGGAGGACAGUCGACGAUCCAACCAAAACCGGCCAACCUGCGAGUGAGACGCAGCUCCCUCGUGGCCCAUCACAAGAGGCCGAGAUUCAAGGUCGGACCGCACUUGAUGGCGCACCAGUCGGCCCAGCUGUCGCCCAUACCCGAGUCCGAGCUGUCAAAACCGGCCUCGCCGUCCUUCGCCAGUCGAUUCGCUUUCCCACCCUUGAACAGUGCAUAAAUAUGACAUAUGUGUAUUUGUAAUGUCUCAGUGCGGAAGGGUGUUGGCUUGGUAUAUGUCAUACGAACGUUUUCUAUACUGAAACAACCAUAAAAUUUAUCAAAAUAUAGCGUGUCUUUCUGUCAUUACGUCGUAGGUUUUGAAUUGCGUGAACAUUUUUUUAGAGCCGAGUAACAUUUUUAGCGAAAAAAGACUGUAAAUAUUACGAGGGAAUAAUCCUUUUUUUUGUAAUAACAAACUGUUAGCUGUGUCCAUCGAGCAUUUGGAUGAAUUUACAAUUAUAAAUAUCUUAACGAGGGCGAAUAUAUAGACGAAUAACGAAGAAUUAAUUAGUGUACGUAAAUCGACCUCCUGAUCGAUUGACCCGUGUGCCAAUUAUUCAAACACCGUAAUAUCGAAUUAAUAAUUGUAAUAACUUUUUCUCUUUUUUAGUAACGAUUUUUACGCGAAAAUAAUCUACAACGCUUAACAAAAACACCAUUUAAUAUUAUACGACGGAAGGAAAAAGCACACGUUUGCACUGUAGAGCAUUGUGAAAUGCUGCACUGCUUGAUAUAGAUAUUAGCUAAAAAUUGACGCGGUUUUUCUCAUAUACAAUAUUACAAUAAAUCGUAAAAUGAUUCAACUCCGUUGUUAUAUUGAGAUGCAAAUUAAAAUUUUAACCUUACACAUGACAUCGUCAACUCGCAACGCGAAUGGUGACGAUUAUUUUUUUAUAUGUACGAUAGAUAACGAUGGCAUUACUAGUAUAAAAAUUAUCAAGGGCUAUGUGCACGCGAGAUAUUUAGACAAUUUUUUUUACAAAAAUAAUUGUUAUGAGCACGCGUAGCAUCUGCUGCAGCAUAUAGGCAUGCGAGUCAAGCCGCAACUCGGAAAAAUAAUGGUAUUCAAUUAUAUUAUAGUGAACUUUGCACCAAGUCUUAUAUACUUUUAUAAUAGUUUUUAGAGACUCGAUUAAUUACUAGGAGAAUUUAUAUAUAAAUUACGUCAUAAACGUAUACGCUUAUUGUAAAGAAAAAAAUUGAAUCGUGCGUUAUUUCCAAACGAAAAUAAUUCAUGCGAAGGCCUUCGUAGAUCAUGUGAUAAAUACAACGUUUUUAAACUCUAAAUAUCAUAUAAUAUAUGAUUAAUCAAUCAUAUUUGAGUUUUUUUGAAAUACGAAAAAAGUCUGUCUCUGUUUAAUCAUCGACACAAUCACUUGGCAUAUAUUAUUAUUAUAUUAUUAUACACGUGUAUACGUUGAAUAUAUUCAAUGGCGAAAAUGUUUAAAUUUAAGACUCUAUUUUGAAUAUGUAUUGGUCUAUCGUUGAAAUUAAUUUUUAAUGAAUAACUUUCAUUUUUAAAAGUGAAAAUAUUUAAUGUGUAACUGUAAUGUGUUGAUAAUCUUACGAUUAUUUGCUUUAUCAAUUCACUUAUUGAAAUGGUAUUGUUCCUGAGACUGAGCCCUUUUCUUUUUUAGAAAAUGUUUCUAUGAUACUCGUUAUUGUGACAAUUUAGUACCUCAUUCAUGGAAAAUGUACAUACAAAUUUAAAAAGUUUUUGAAAUUAUAAUCUUUAAUGACAAAUCAAAUAUCCCUUGUGUAAUAGUGAUGCAUGAUUAAAAUUUUCAAUUGAUUAUAUCCAUUUGUACACAACUUCGUAAUUUUUUCAGUCUUAAGAUAUAACAAGACACAAUAAACUUUUUCUUGGCGAACAAUUGAA